AUGACUUCCUCCAAAACCCACCAACCAAAUAACCGAAAAAAUCCAAUCUCAAAAGUAAAUAUCAUUCCAAAUCAACACGCGCACACAGUUAACAUACCUCCCAAGAAACAGCGCCUCUUCAAGGGCACACCUAAGGCUAGAUUCAUGGUGCCCCAAACCUUCACACGAGUCGCAGUGUUUUCCAAGGCAAUCGAUUUUGCUGCCCCAAUACAAGUAUUCUCUUGCAAAGUGUGCCGGUUCUUGGGCUUGUUAACCAAGCCUUGCAAGCUACUAGAAGUGGAGGCAGAGAGCCCGGGCGUGGAGAGUAGUGAUGAAGCAAGGUACAACACGGCAAUGCAUGCGAUAGACGUUGUGAGGAUGAGGAAUGGAGAUCUGGGUUUUGUUGAUUUUGCCUUCGGAUUGGCCUUUGGGAUCGCCAUUUUGGGAUUUUGGUCUGUUGGAAGAAAUCCAGCUGAUGCAAACAAAUAA